UGAAGGCGCACAGAGACGCUCCUGCUUCCUCUGCUUCCACACAGUCCUCCACCUCCAUGUCUUGCAGGUUGUUUUGGCACAUCAUAGUUUUAUAAGCAAUAGAUAUUGUUGUUUUACAAAUGUAUUCACGUGUUCUAUAGAUUCUUCUCUGAAUGGCUGUGUUUUUGACAUUGAGUUGCCAGUUCCAGCGUCCUUUUACGGGCUUAACAGGUGCCAUAAGCGACCAGAUAUGCUAUAUAGGAGUCUUUAUUAUAUAGAGGCAGCAGCCACAAAUGCUGUUUUCUUAGGCUACAGUAAAAUAAUAAUAAUAAUAACAAUAACACGGGUACAAUCAAUUAGAUUGCUUGGCGGCUACAUCUUACAAAUCAUGCCACCUGUUUUAAGCGCUUAUUUCGCCUUUCUGAUUCCGUCCAAUGGGAAUGAACGGCAGGUCUGGAGGCGGAGAAAGAGGGAGAGAAGUUGGAGGAGAGAGUGAGAGACAGAUCCGGGGAGACAGUGAGCUGUAGAUUGAGUUGAAGUCGAUGAUUUCACAUAUUAAACCAUAGGCUUACUGCUCAUCUGAUGACUGUUAGGAUACUUGACGUCCAGCUUUGCGUUUUUGUUUUUUGUUUUCGUUUUAUGUUGCAGCACAUUUUUGACGUGCAGCCACAGGUUGACCGAUUUAAUCCAGUCACCAUGGAUUAUUCCUCUUCAUCUCGAGUCGAUUGUCACUGACGGGAUCGAAAUGGGAACCAUCGAGAGAUCUCUGAUGAUUGAGAAAGAGACAAACUGAUAGUAUCAAGUGAGCGGAGACGGAGGCAACAUCUGUAGGAAGCGACGCACAAUUUCAGGAGACAAGCGAGGACCUGUGGAAGGAGCUAUAUGAAAGGAGGCGAAGCGAAAAGAUGACGGGAUGGCCGUGACAACAUGAAAAAGAAAAAGUGUGGUGGUCUAUUUUCAUCCAGCCAGUGAUUCAACACAACUAACCUGGGGGACAAGGACUGAGAGAGACGAGGUAGGAGACAGGUGCGUGGCCACAGCCGUGACCAUGGAGCCUCCCCCCUCUCUGAGCUUAGCUCUACUAGGAGGGAGCGAGGAUGAGGACCAGCGCUUCCUCCUUCCCCUGGGCAGUAUAUCCCAUCCCUCCACCACUGGCAACCAGCCAGGUUCAAACCACUCCAACCACAUGGGAGGAUCAAGCCUCGACCGUCUAAAUGGCAGCACCCCAUCCCCUGCCACGCCCAACUUGCCUCCAGCAUCGCUCCCCAAGUUGCCCCUGUCAUCCUCUGGAGCCCAGCCUCUGCCCCCACCCAUCCCCAAUGCCCUGCACCCCACCAGCACCCCGCUCUCAUCCUGCCUAGGCUCGCAGCACAGCCUGAGCGGGGACUCUCCGGUCUACAACGCCCUCUUUUACUCCUCCCACUCGCCCUCCAUGGAGCGGGAGAGGGACAGGGAGCGUGACCGGGAGAGGGGCUGCAAACACAGACAGGCUAGCCCUCUGGUUCACCGUAGGGACAGUAACCCCUUCACGGAGAUCGCCAUGAGCUCCUGUAAGUACACAGGCGGGGUCAUGAAGCCCCUGAGCCGCCUCAGCGCCUCCCGUAGAAACCUCAUCGAAUCAGACAGCAGCAGUGAAACCAAAGAGGGUGGCGUUUCAGCUGUUGCCGGGGCAACGGCCGCUGGGGGGCAUGACCGACAGCGAGAAGCCCCUCCUACCUCCUUGGUGGCCCAGUCCUCUACCAAUCAACCCCCAAUUCAGAGCCCUCCAGAGAUUGUGAUUUCAUCCAAAGAAGACUCGCCGUACCUCAGAGCCGGGUAUGAUAUCACCGACUCCACAUCCAACCAGAUGUCCAUCUACCACCAGAACCAUGCUCUAGUGGAGAGCAGGCGGGCGCAGCCGGGGAGGGUCAGCAGGCAGGGGGGGGUCGGGGCGGUGGGCACCGGGGCCAGGGGCAGCACCUCCAAGGCCUCCAAACGGAAGAACCAAAACAUUGGCUAUAAACUGGGGCAUCGCAGGGCGCUGUUCGAGAAGAGAAAGAGGCUGAGUGACUAUGCCCUCAUCUUUGGAAUGUUUGGCAUCGUCGUCAUGGUGAUUGAGACGGAGCUGUCGUGGGGCGUGUACACCAAGAGCUCCAUGUAUUCUCUGGCCCUGAAGUGUCUGAUCAGUCUAUCCACAGUCAUACUGCUGGGCCUCAUCAUAGCCUACCAUGCACGGGAAGUUCAGCUGUUUGUCAUCGACAACGGAGCAGACGACUGGCGCAUCGCCAUGACGAUGGAGAGGGUUCUGCUGAUCGCUCUGGAGCUGCUGGUGUCUGCGGUGCAUCCAGUGCCCGGGGACUUUAAGUUUCAGUGGCGGGCGCGGCUGGCCUUCUCUUAUGCGCCGUCGCAGGCCGAGGCCGACCUGGACAUGGUGCUGAGCGUGCCCAUGUUCCUGCGCCUCUACCUCAUCGCCAGAGUUAUGCUUUUGCACAGCAAACUCUUCACCGAUGCCUCCUCCAGGAGUAUAGGUGCCCUAAAUAAGGUGCAUUUUAACACACGGUUUGUAAUGAAAACCCUCAUGACUAUCUGCCCCGGGACGGUGCUGCUGGUCUUCAGCAUCUCUCUGUGGAUCAUCGCUGCCUGGACCGUACGAGUGUGCGAGAGGUAUCAUGAUGCCCAGGAUGUGACCAGUAACUUCCUGGGAGCCAUGUGGCUUAUCUCCAUCACUUUCUUGUCCAUCGGCUAUGGAGACAUGGUUCCUCACACCUACUGUGGCAAAGGAGUCUGUCUGCUCACAGGAAUCAUGGGUGCUGGCUGUACGGCUCUGGUGGUUGCCGUGGUAGCCAGGAAGCUGGAGCUGACCAAGGCCGAGAAACACGUACACAACUUCAUGAUGGACACGCAACUCACCAAGAGGAUAAAGAAUGCAGCGGCUAACGUGCUAAGGGAAACCUGGCUCAUCUACAAACACACCAAGCUGAUGAAGAAGAUCGACCACUCCAGGGUCCGCAAACACCAGCGGAAGUUCCUACAGGCCAUACAUCAAUUACGCAGUGUGAAAAUGGAGCAGAGGAAACUCAGUGAUCAGGCCAACACACUAGUGGACCUCUCAAAGAUGCAGAGCGUCAUGUAUGAGCUCAUGUCGGAGCUCAACGACCGCAGCGAGGACUUGGAGCGCCAGAUGCUGUCCCUGGAGCAGCGGGUGGAGCAGCUCACCGCCGGCUUCAACACCCUGCCUGCCCACCUCUCGGCUACGCUCAGCGCCCAGCACGCCGCCCUGGUCCACUUGCUUCGAGAGAGGGAUGCGAGGGAUGGAAGAGGAGGUGGUGGAGGAGGUGCUGUGGUCCCACUGUCCCCGGCUGCCUCUUUAACCACUGCUCCAGCUUCAGUUUCUCCAGUCCAGGUCACAUCUCCAGUGCAACCCCCCUCCCAGGUCCCUAUUUUAGCCUUGGAGUCCCCUCUGUCGCCCCCACCACUGAGCCCAGAGGGGAGCCUGGAGGCCAGUCCCAACCUCAACACCUGCACUUCUAGCUGCUGAAGACAGCUCUGAGGACCAGGAGAGGACAAAUAUGGAAAGAAAACAGGGAGAGAGCAGGGGGAACUGUUCUAGUCCUCUCACUUCAAAUUAAAGGAGAGGAAUGAGGAGGGAGGAGGAGAGUAAUGUGAGGUGAUCCUCUGAAACUAACGCUCCACGAGGGAUGGAAAAAGAGGGGACUAUGAGGAGAAAUAAUAGGAUUAAGAUGGAGGGCCAGUAUGAAUGAUGAGAAAUGUUAGGGACUUUGGGGCGCUUUCCCUGACGAGGGAAGGAGAAGAAAAAUGGAGAUAAAAUGGAAACUCUAAAGGUGUGAGGGGGAGGAAGGAUGUCAAGACGGUGAGAAAUGGAGGUAGAGAGGAUGAGGAGGGGGAAGGAGAGAGGAGGAGAAAUAACUAGGAAUAAUUAUAUGAACUCAUAGCUCCUAAAUGGAAUCCACUCCAGUCACUGAAAAGGGCCUUUUAUUCUCUCUCUAUCUCUCUCUCUCCUUCUCUCUCUUUCCCUCCCUAUCUCGCAAACUCUCUCUCCUUUCAUCAGGAAUUAAUGACCAUGACUUUUUAUCCUUAUGAUGUAUUUUCUAUCUGAAUGCUAAUUGUGUGUUAACGAGCAUCCCUUUAACAGAAGGUUCGAUCAAUACGACCAUGAUAAAAAAACUAGUGGCAUGCACCGCACACACACAAACAAUAUAUAUAUAUAUAUAUAUAUAUAUAUAUAUAUAUAUAUAUAUAUAUAUAUAUAUAUAUAUAUAUAUAUAUAUAUAUAUAUCUCUCGACAUACCAUCCACGCAAUACAAGUUAACACAGCACAAACAUCAAUACACAAUAUUUCACAAUGCAGGCCCUAUUUACACUCACACAAAGAAAUGAAUGCAGUAGCCCACAAUAUAAUACUAAAGCCUAUACUGCCAAGCACUCAAUGCACUGUCAAUCUCCACAGAGCACUGCCAAGCAAUGUAGACACACUGUAAAAAAUUUUCAUCCAAACGACUUAUCUUUUAUGGGUGUGAGCUAAUGCAGUAGUUUAGACUUACAAUGCAUAGUUGUGACAUUUUUAACUACUCAGUUGGGAGAAUCGUAACCAUUCACUUAACUACACAAAUUACAGAUCAAGUUGAAAUAAGCUGGUACGAAACUGACGGCCAUGAGUCAUCAUAACGUCUGUUUGUGAUGAGGAAGACAGUAGCAGAUGAUAAAAUAACCUAACACAACUACAACAAGACUUUAUUACUGCAUUUAUGGAAUUACAGAUUAAGUGGAACUGAUGUUUAAGUGUAUUUGUAGGUUUGCUGUACUGAAAUUAGCCUUUUAAAAAACUUGAUUUUGUUUAAUUUAUGUGAACAUUUCUUAUGAAAACCUCAGAAAAUUUAUAGUUGUAUCAAGUGCAUUAAUACUGGGAUGGUUGUUGGAAGAAAUAAUAGAUUACAACAUUUAUUAAACUGGCAUUGCAAUCUGGUUGAUUCAUUCUGAAGAUGAUAUCAAGACUAUUUAUAAAACACUGACUCUACAAGACAGAGCCUUGCACAAACUUAAUGUUCCACAUUUGGCAAGUGUUCUCAUUUUAUGUUAUUAGACUUAAUGGAGUCUGUCUACUGAGAGAUCUGCUGCAGACAGUUAAAAUAACAGUCAAAAUGUUAUCCAUCAAUAAUAAAUGAUCUGCUUAUUCUUUUACUUAAGUCAUUGGAGUCUGAUUGAUUGGGAUGCUGUAGUAUCUAUUGUUUUGCUUUCAUUCUCUGAAAAUAUGUUUACUUGGAAUUACUAAAAUAUUUAUUUUUACAUUAUUAAUUUAAUUGACUUGAAAACAUCCAACAAUUAUUUAGCUGUGUGAUUAUAAGUUGAUGUGAUUAAUAUUUUUUCACAGUGUACGGUUGUGUCUAUGACCCUUUAUGAAGGGAAGAAGACUACUCACUGCCAUUCUUUUUCAAGCUUGCAGUCCCAAAACAACACACUCUCAUCAUGAAUGUAUUCUGUGUAAAGAAAUACACUCAACCACUCUUGCUUGCUCUAUCACUUAAACUGCCAUGCAGACACAGGAACAGACACCCACACGCAUGUACACAAAGAUAUUAACACACCUCGACAACCAAAGUGCUCUCUCUUAAAUGGACUUCAAUAAGAGGCAGGGAACGCUGCUGUCACUGGGGACAAAAUAUGGAAGGAGGCGUUGCGUUGCAAAUAUCUUGACAAUAUUUCUGAGGGAAUAACUGUGAAAAUCUGGGCAUGGACUUGUUACAGUGCUGUACAUGGACCGCUCUUCACUGCUUUAAAGCAGAUCAUGGUGGACUACGGAUGAACACAAGGGAACACAAAUAAACCUUAUAAAGGAUAAAUGGCCAUGAAGGAACAGCUGUUUAUGAAAUAAAUACAACAUAGAAAGAAAGACUAAGGUAUAUCUGAGAGGAAUUAUAAUGGUGUGAUGGGAAAAGAGACAAGCCUACCCUUGCAUUGGAGACAAUAUCGAAAACUGUCUUAUAGCGACACGCUGUGGCCGGAAUACUGAAUUACAUACGCUUGGAAUAUUGUAUAGUAUGCUGUUAACGAAAUCUAGCUUUGUAUUGCAUAGUCUUUUCUACCAUUAUGAUUAAACGCAGUUAUAGCUGAUAUCUAAUAUUACUAAACUAUAGAAUUCUUCUCAUUCAUCAUGACAAUUAUGAUACAUGUAUUAACAAUACCUAAUUAUGAAUAAGGAAAGUGCCGUUUGAGGUUGAAAUUUUUUUGUAAUUUUAUUUUAUCAGAGAGAAUUAAUAAAGUAUAUAUCUAUAACAUUA